AUGUAUCGAGGGGAACAUUGCAAGUGGAAAAACAACGUGCUGGAUUAUUUUGCACAAACUACCAGCAUUGAGGUUUUGACAGAACCAGUGACUAAGUGGAGGAAUGUUCGUGGUCAUAAUAUCCUGGGCUUAAUGUACCAAGAUGCAUCAAGAUGGGGGAUAACGUUGCAGACUUACAUACAGCUUACAAUGUUGGAGCAGCAUACCAGACCAAUGAUUUCCCCUGUAAGAAUGAUGGAGCGAUCAAUUCACAGUGCAAAAUACAUUUUUGUAGAAAAUUUGUAUCGAAGCGGAAAAAUGCCAGAGGUGGAUUAUGUUGUCCUAACUGAAUGGUUUGACUGGAUCCAGAACAACACUGAUGUUUCGGUUGAUUUGAUAGUUUAUCUGCAGACUUCUCCUGAAGUUUGUUAUGAGAGGUUAAAGAGAAGAUGCAGAGAAGAGGAAAAGAUCAUUCCUCUGGAGUAUUUAGAAGCUAUUCAUCAGCUCUAUGAAGAGUGGCUCAUUAAACAUACACUGUUUAAAGUUUCCUGCCCAGUGCUUGUUAUUGGAGCUGACCAUGACAUGCAGAAAAUGGUAGAAAAGUACGAAGAAAACCGGGACCAAAUACUAAACCCAUAUAAUAUGCAACACCAUUUAUAG